AGAUUGAAGAAGAGUUCUUCUUGUUUUGUAGCUUCCAGUUUCUCUGUUUUUACACCAAUUUUACUAAAACUAAACAUAAAAUACAGCAACAAAACAAAGCUCCGCGGGAAGGAGCGAGCCCGGGCUGUGUGUAUGCUGUUAUUCCACCGUGGAUCGGCUCCUUAUACAUAUAUAUAUUUAAUUAAUCUGGAGGAGGACUGCUGCUGAGGCAGCACAGAGGGGUGGAGUCAGUCCCACAGCCAGGUGCGGCACUUUAAUGCUUCAGUUGGAUGGUUUUCCUACUGGAGACGGUGUUAAGGCUGAUCGAUCGGCUGGCAGACUGACUGGAUCCAUGAUGGAAUUACAGACGUUACAGGAGGCCCUGAAGGUGGAGAUCCAGAUCCAUCAGAAACUGGUUGCCCAGAUGAAGCAGGACCCCCAGAACGCAGAUCUGAAGAAGCAGCUGCACGAACUUCAAGCAAAGAUCACAGCACUCAGCGAGAAGCAGAAGAAGGUGGUGGAGCAGCUGAGGAAGGAGCUGUUGGUGAAGCAGGAGCCGGAGGCCAAACUGCAGCUGCACGUCCAAACUCCUCCAGCAGGCGGCGACAUCAAGCCGGCCAACCUGCUGCAGCAGCAGAUACCUGGAGGACUGCAGCAGCAGACCCUGACGGUCACGCCGGUCCUCACCACGAAGACUCUACCUCUGGUGCUGAAAGCUGCCGCCACGCCCGCCCUGCCCGGCUCUGUCCUGCCACAACGCCCGCCCACUGUCGCUAUGGUUACCACAGCUAUCACCAAACCUGACCUGCAGAACGCGCCCAUCAACCUGCAGGUGGCCAGCAAGCUGACCAAUCAGAGCUCGGAGCCCGUGCGGCUGGUUUCCAAGAACGCCAUGGUGGUGCAGGCCACCGCCGCCGCCGCCGCCGCCCAGCCAAUCAAAGUUCCUCAGUUUGUUCCUCCUCCUAGACUGACGCCUCGACCCACCUUUCAGCCACAGGUCAGGCCAAAACCGGCCACGCCCACCAACGUCCACAUCGCCCCGGCCCCUCCCCCGCCCAUGAUGGCGGCGCCCCAGCUGCUCCAGAGGCCGGUCAUGCUGGCGACCAAGCUGUCGUCCUCGCUGCCGUCGGCGGCGCCGAUCCACCAGGUCCGCAUCGUCAACGGGCAGCCCUGCAGCAAGACGGGCGCCACCCCGCUGACGGGCAUCGUCAUCACCACGCCCGUCUCCGCCGCCCCCCGCCCUGAAUCUCUUCUCCUCCUCCUCCGGCAGCAGACUGUUAAAUCAGAAGGAGCAGCGGAGCAGAAGGUCGCUGUGAGCCUCCCCUCCUCCUCCACUCCUCCGCUGUCUCCUCCUCCUCCUCCCAGACCCAAGAGGGAGGAGAACCCAGAGAAACUGGCCUUCAUGGUGUCUCUGGGCCUGGUGACACACGACCACCUGGAAGAAAUUCAGAGCAAAAGACAGGAGCGGAAGAGGAGAACGACGGCCAACCCGGUGUACAGCGGCGCCGUGUUUGAACCCGAGAGGAAAAAGAGUGCAGUGAGUUACCUGAACAGCCCUCUGCACCAGGGGACCAGGAAGAGAGCCAACGAAGACUCCCUUUCCAAGGGAGACAUCCAUGAGGAUUUCUGCACUGUGUGCAGACGCAGUGGCCAGUUGCUCAUGUGCGACACGUGUUCUCGUGUUUAUCACCUGGACUGCCUGGAUCCACCCCUGAAAACCAUUCCUAAAGGCAUGUGGAUCUGUCCAAAAUGUCAAGAUCAGAUCCUGAAGAAAGAAGAAGCCAUUCCCUGGCCCGGUACUCUGGCUAUUGUUCAUUCCUACAUCGCCUACAAAGAAGCUAAAGAAGAGGAGAAACAGAAGCUGAUGAAAUGGAGUGCUGAACUGAAACUGGAGCGAGAGCAGCUGGAACAGAGAGUCAAACAGCUCAGCAACUCCAUAACGAAAUGCAUGGACACCAAAAACACCAUCCUGGCUCGUCAGAAGGACAUGCAUCUUUCCCUGGAGAAAGUCAAACACCUGAUUCGCCUCAUCCAAGCCUUCAACUUCAACCAGGCCCUGGCAGAGACAGAGGCUAAGGACGUCGGUGCCAGAGUCCAGGCCGCCGCUGGAGUCACCGUCGCCUCUGAAACGGCACCAGAGGCCAACUCUGUGGAGAAACCGAAGGCCGGGAGCUCCUCAACCAGCAGCAACACUGAUGGAAACGACAAGGAGGAGACAGCAGCAGCAGCAGGAGCAGCAGGAGCAGCAGGAGCAGCAGGAGGAGGAGACGCCAACAGCCAGGCCGUGCUGGAAGACAGCGCGGCCCUGACAGCAGAUAACAGCCCCGGUGUCGGGGCGGGGGGUAAGGCGGGGCCUGGUGACGGGGCAGGGGGAGGUGGCGGGGGAGGGGGUGGGGGGGACACCGGCUCCGCCCUCCAGGUGGAGGUGGUGGCCAAGCCUGAGACUGAGGCAGCUCCGGUGGCUGACAUUCCCGUCCCCUCAGUGGUCGCCACUGUCGCUACCACCAACGGUACGGCCGAGCCGGCCUGCCCCGACCACAGCCCCGCGGGAGCCUGCACCGCCAACACCAACACCAACACCAACAACACCACCACCACCACCAACAACAACACCAACACCAACUCUGAGAACAAGAUGGCUGCCGUCAACCCUCCAGAGACAGCGGUGGAGAAGAAGCAGGAGGAGAUCACUGACAGUGACGGCAGCAACAACAACAACAGCAAAACCUCAGAACCCUCCCAGCAUUCUUUGCCAGCUCUUGUCAGCAGUUUGGACAAUAAAAAGUAAUGCUAUGUCUCUUGAGUUGCGGGAAUUCAAACAUAUAUAUAAAAAAAAAAAAGACUUUUGCUUGCACCGUACGGUGCCCUGAAGUUGCCAAUCUGUAUAAAUGUUGUUUGUUUGCAUUGUAUUGUCAGACUGUGUCAAUGGUAGAUAUACAGCCCAAGUCACGUGGCUCUGGGAGGACGUAGGCUGCUCCGCCCACAGAGCUGGGGGACAGGAAGGCUUACAUACCAGUGUCAUCAUGCCAAUUAGUGAUAGACUUCAGUGGUGGGAAUGCUCAAGGGGAGAUUUAAUUCAUCAUCACACCAGUGUGUGCCUGUUAUAGUGGCCCCUGUGUUCUCUUGUGGGGUGGGGAGAUGGGUUCACAUGGAACCAGACAUCUGUCAGGGGUUGCUGGUCUAAAAAGCAGUGUUGUGAUAGAGUACUGAAAAGAGAGCCUGUUCAUCCCCUCGUCCCAAUGAACUUAAUGUGAACAACCUAUAACUUCUGCUUUCCCACGUCCCUGAUCUCCUCCACCCUAAACCUGAACCAGUAUCCCUGACUCCCCCUGCCCCCCCUCCUUCCCUGACAUCCCUAACUUCCCCAUUAACCAACUCCCCAAACCAACUAGAAUCCAUCUAUUCCACCAUCAAUCCAACCCUAAAAAGGUUCAGUUUGCCUCAAACUUUAACUAUAAAUAUUGGAACUGAACUAGUUCAAACUGUGUGUCAUAUAAACAUGUGAAGACAAACAAUAGUUCAAUAACGUUCAAUAAUCCCACGAGAACUUUGUUUGAAGCUUAAAGACAACUUCUGAAGGACUUCCCCUUCGACCUUUGGUUAAGACCUGUUUCAGUCAUAAAAAACAUAACCUCUCUAUCAACCAAUACCCUUAACUUACCAUCUCCAGUUUACCAACAGUUCUUAAGUCCAAAAGGUUUGAGUGUGCUUCAAAUAAAGUAGUUUAUGUAAAGUGUCUGAACGGCCACACUGAGGAGAACAAGAUGCAACCAAUCCUAGAAUCUGGGACUUACCUUCCCCGGUGCAUCCAUCCCUUUUAAACCCAAACAACCGAACGUAACAACCAUAACUCAAUGACUGACCACUCCGCCCAUUCCCAGUCGACCAUGACCUCCAUGUUCCUGGUCUCAAACUGUCUGAGAACUUCAGAUCCUGACGACUUCUGACGCCGUUUGAUUUGUUCAUUCAAAGCGUAUUGACAUCUUUCAACCUGUUGAAAAGAUCUUAGACGUUGAGACCGACAUGAAGUGACGAAUCCUGUACAUGAGGAUAACAGAGCACACUAUUGAGAAGCUUUUAAGGACAUUCAUGCUGUUGUAGUGUUGUCCUUCCCAACACUUGUUGAGUUGUUGGAUAAGAGAAGUCAAAACUCUGGCAUCACCUACAGUAUCCAGAACAACUUUACUGUAAGAGCAACAAGUUUAAGCUUGUGGCUUUCGUCAGUGUCAUCAGGAAUUGUCGGUUUAGGAAAGUAGCAGAAAUUGACAGAGGUAGUAACACUUCAAUUACACCCAAGUCCGUAACAUCCAUGGCAAUCAUUCAGCCUGUCGUCAGUCAACAGAAAACCUCCUUGUGACUGAAACACAAAUUUUCUUUCCCCAGGCCACAAAUGGUCCAAUGUAACCUUCUUCUUAAACCCAAAAGGUUUCAAAAUAUAAAACUAUAUACAAUUAUAGUUUGUGCAAAGUGUCAUCCAAACACAAAACGUUACAAAAAAAAUGUAAAAAGUGUUUCCGACGCUGUUUGAUGAUGACUUUGUUUGAAGCAUACUGACGCCAUUAAACCAAAUCUACGACCAUAAACCAAGUUUCAUUCAACAAAAGAACACUGACAACAACCUUCCCAAGGUGACUAAAACCCAAACUUACCUCCUCAGUUUGCCAACAGUCCAACUUCACCUCCUUCUGGAACCCUCACCACCCAAAUACAGUUACCUGAGGACAAAAAUGGCUUAGUAUGCUUAAAAUAAAAUAGUUGCAUAUAAUGCCAGACAGCCUGUUUUCCAAAAGAUGGCGCCAAGUGUCAGAUCCUACAAAGUGUAGAGAAUGGAGCCCACUGUGGUGUUUAAUAAUUGUCAAUCCUAGUAUUUUAAAUAAACGUUAUUGUAUGACCAAUACAUUUAGGCUUGUAGCCGGCAUUAGCACCAUCAGUGAUUGUCUGGUUAAGAAAAUUACAAAAAAACGUUUGACUGUCUUCAGUCAACACAAACACUUUAACCCUCCAGUUGGUGGGCAGCAGUGACUGAAACCCAAAUUUCCCUUCCCCUAUCCAUCAAAAAUCCAACGUGACCAGUCUCUUAAUUCCAAAUGCAUUUAAUAUUCUAACUAUAAACAAUAUAGUUUGUGCAAAGCGUUUCAGACACGGUUUGAAGAUCCAACAGUCACUUUGUUUGAAGAAUACUGAUGGCUUUAAACCAACAACUUCCAAAUCAGUCUGACUGUAAACCACGGUCCUUCAACAGAAGAACAUUGACCAACAACCAAACCCAAACUUACCACCUCAGUUUACCAAUAGUCCAAACUGACCUCCCUCUGGAACCCCAACACAGUUACCUAAGGCCCCCCCCCCUCCAAGUCGACCAAUGACCAAACUUCCCCGACCAACCCACCAACCAUUCCCAUGAACCUGCCCUCCUCCCCCACCCCCCACCUGUAUCCCUGAGCUCAGGCAGAGAAGACGCUGAGCGUCGCGUUCAGCAGGUACGAAGGACGAGGUGGAACAGGCGCGGUAGCCUAACAGAUGUUUUCAGUGGUGUCGGUCAAGUGUAGUGAUUGAGUUUUCAUUCGUGAGUCAAGUGUGUCAACUGUGAGCACUAAAUGUGAAAUUGCAAUAUUGCAAUGUCAACACACACAACUAUAUCUGGGCUGUGUUUCUUUUUUAUAGGAAAAGAUAUUCAGGUCUUCCUAGUCUUCAGAAUAAGUGCUUUCUGUUCCUGAACCUGCUGUACUGGCAUUAUCAACACGAAAAGGAAUCCUCUUUUUGAAGUGGUGAUCUUUGCAUUAUGUACAUUUCUGUUGAAUCCUGAACUGCCAAAAUGAUGUUGUAUCCAAAUUCAGCAGGGACAAGUCCACUUACUGUAUUGAAAGAUCAAAUCAUUGGCGUUGUAAGAUAUAGAUGCUACCAUUUCAGAAAUUGGAAGUCCCCAGAUUGAGACAGGAGAGCUUAUUAAACAAUAACAUUAAAGGAACUUUUUUUUUCCUUGAAACGGAGGGAUUUGUUGUAUGAACCUUCAGAUGGAUCUCAAAGGACAAUACCACAAAUCCUGAGAUUAAAGCACAAGCUUGCUGCAUUACAAAGAAGUGCUGAAGAGCUUUUUGUAUGUUAAUAUGGAAUUAAACAGAGUAUGCAUCUCUUUGUUGUGAUGUGACUUAUCCCCACAUUGCCAAUAUUUUUCUAGGAGGAAAUACAAACCUCCGUGACAUUAAGGCUCAAGUCGAGUUCAUGUUUUGGGGAGGAGUCGUCGGGCUUCUGUCUCACAGUUAGACUAGUGCAUCUCUUUUCUUUCUGGAGCAUGUCUGGGCUGAAAUGUGAUGCUGUUAUACGUUGGCUUGGUGGCUGUCAGUUGGGGUCUGUCUUUGUCUGGUGAACUGAUCAUGACUUCUGGCUUCUCGUUGGGUUCGGGGCAUUAACAAACUCUGGUCUGUUCAUUACCGGUGCCUCUGGUUGUGCUUUUUUUGUUUGUUUCUUUUUGCUAUAUUGGAGCAUUUUUUUUUUUUGUUUGCUUAAAUUGUAGUCGUCCGAAAACCUGUUCACCCCAAAAGAUUGAAGACGUUCAACGUUGAACUGUCCAAACUGUUUCAUGUUAUCAUUGAAAAGAAUUCGUAGCCAUGCUAGCAGCAUCAGCUCUUCACAUGUUGGUCGCUCCAAUUUACAAGACAUUUUGUGAAGGCGAUCCAGGUUCUCCAGAGGAUGAACCCUGCUGCCUUUUGGUUUGAGGUUCACAUUUCUGACUGUAAGUGAACUGUCUCACCCAACUAUUGGAUGGACAUAUUAAUUAUCGCUAGAGGAAGAAUCACUUUGACUUGUGUUUUUACUGUUGAUUCUCUGCGUUUGCAUCUAGCGGCAUCAACAGGUCAACAUUUUAACGUGUCCAAUACUCUAAAUUGUGACCAGGUACCUGCAGAACUAAGACACCUGCGUAGCAUUCAAGGGCUAACAUUGGCCGGUUGUUCAUGCUCGCACGAGGUUCCAGGACCCUGAUCGGUUGAGGGCCCAUCCCUUCUUUACCGUAAUCUCCGUUUGUAGACAUUUGUUAAACGGUCCGUCGUGUAGAGAGCAACAGAGUCGGACCUUUUAGCUUUUUACUAGCUUAGCUUACUUGGCUAAACUGAAACGAUCCAGUCGUAGACGUCUCUCAACUCCGUCCUCGCAUCUCAAGCGAAUCGGACCGUAAACGGUGACCGGUGCAGAGAAGAGCGAGUCCAGACCCUGAUACUCAUCACAUCCGAACCUCAAACAUUUUGUCCCCAGAAGCUCAAUCAUCAUCGGACAGAUUGUUCUAACUCUGAGCUUUCGAGGUUUCCAGGAGGGAUCAGGCAGCUUCUGUUGGAUUCAUAAUAAUGCUGCUGUUGAACAUCACCAUGCUCAGUAUUAUUAUUAUUAUAAAGAUUUUAAAAUGGGAUCCGACAUGAAUCUAGAGGCUUGGUGGUCCUGACUCGUCUUUAGGUUCUCCUUUGACUCGUUCCCUCUGUGCUGUGGUUCUUCUUCUUGUGUUUCUGAGGGAUGAGUUUGCUAAAUCUGUCUGGAGAGAACAAACCUACCACCACUAGACAGUUGGGUAAAUCAAUUCGAGGCUAAAUCCGAUGGCUUCAUAGAUUGUCCUGACCCUAACCGAUCAAGAACAAUGCCUGAACUCAACCGAUCAGGUUCCUGGUACGGACCAGGUGUCUGUCAAUAAAAGCAGUGGGAUCCAUGAUAAACGGAGCUGAACAGAGCUGCUAGCAUGGCUGUAGACUCCUGGUUAGACUCUCUUGGGGUGGGAUCGAGGAAAGAGUCGGGGUGAACACGUCUCUGGGCGACUAUAAAAUAAGCCGUAACAGGUGUCUCUCUCUCUCUCUCUGUUUGUCAUAUCAUAUGGACUCUUGUAACCGAAUCAGCAUAUCUGACACAACACCUAAUUUUCUGACAUCAGCUGUACAAACUGCCUUCAUUCAGAAGAUCCCUGAGAAAGUGAUGAGAGUAACAUUUCCACGUUUGGCCACAGUGUCGUCAGUGAUGAAGCCAUUUGAACAUUUGAAGGGACGCAGCUCUGACAGAACAUGUCCCCUGUUCCUCAUGAAUCCCGUUCGUUGUGUGUUUUGUUCUCGGGUGGAUCUUCCUCUUCUCUCGACAUGUUGUUCACUCGUGGAUAGAGCAGAGCAGUCGUCCAGUCUCUUCACUCAACACGUUUUUCUUUGAACGAGCCCGACAUGUGUUCAGACAAACUGGACCUCUCCCUCUGUACAGUAGGUACCUCGAGUGCCUUUCUUCAAACAGCAGAUAAUAUUUGUCUCUUGACUUGCACUGUGACUUGUAGAACCUUACUAACCCUCCAGAUGAUCCUCCCUCCCGCCCGCCCGCUCUCCUCUGGUCUGUCCCGCCCGCCCCGCCCGGCCCGGUCCUUCACCUCAGGCUGCCAGGAGUCGAUGCAAGUUAAACUACAUUUCAUAUUAUGCCGUUUAGAUCGACCAGAUAGUGUUUUGUUGUUGUUUAUUAUAGGAGUUGCCUUAAAUGUGUUUUAUUUUCCUUUUUACGUGAUUUUCAUUCAGAAGAAGAGAAAAAAAAAAUCACUGCAGACGCUGGUGGAGGUCAGAGGUCGUUUGGUCGUCGUGGUCAAUAAAAAGCUCCAAAGAGGGAUUGUUGAUGAUGAGAUCUUUGCUCCAGUUGUUUUGUGAUGCACUUUUGGUUUGACCAGUAUUAUUAUUGUUAUUAUUAUUAUGAUUAUUAUUAUUAUCAGAGUGUAAAAAUUGGGAUCCGUCAGCGACACGAGACGCAGUCGUGAAUCUAGAGGCGUGUUGGUCCUGACUCAUCUUUCGGUUCUCCUUCGACUCGUUCAUCGUUCCUCCGUGCUGUGGUUCUUCUUCUUGUGUUUGGGAGUUUGGAUGAGUUUGCUGAAUCAGGUGAUGUGAGCCGCGGCCUGAGAACAAACGAAGCUGCACCCUGACGGGCAGACUUAGACCCGAUUAGCAACAUCUGUCCACUCAGUCCGGUGGAACGCAUGCCUUCUUAUGCAAAUUUUUAUACAAGAUUUGUCAAACCUUUUUAAUAUGCAUUUGUUUUUUUAAUUUUAUUUUUUAUGUGAAACUCAAGUCACCUUUUUUUCUUUGAACGUUGUGGCGUCCUGAUGCCGAGCGCGUGCAGUCGAGGUGUUAAACGGUGCGACGGUCGUCCUCGUUCAGAGCGUAAACAUUUCUUCCUGACGUUGUGUUUUUUACGGAGGGUUUCAGCUCCUUUUAGUUUAGAUUUUAAAUUGAACUUGGCUAAUGCACCAUGCUGACUGUUGGGAUCGCAGCAGGGCUGUGGGCGCGAUCAAGUCUUAAACUGUGUCCUCGUUUCUAUUUAGUCCAAAAGUGAAUUUAUCCAAAGACUGCAAAUGUGCAUUUCUGUUUGCAAGCCUUGUUAUGUAGUUGAUGCAUAUCAUUUGGAAAUUAAUUUCUGCGUCAGCAUCGUGUGCAUUCACCGAGCUGGAAAAGGACCAUUCGUCGGCAGCUGAGAGCGUUUCCGUUUGUAUUGUGAGGAAGUCUAAAGGUCGCAUUUCCACUGCACGGAGCAGCUCGGCCCGUUGAGGAUAGACCCGCUGCUUAGCCUGAGCCGAAGAAUGAAAGAAUAAUCAUUAGUGCAACACGUUUUUAAAUAGCCAAGCUAAGGUGGAUAGCAACCGCAAUGUUUUUAAUCUCUUAACCCAGAUUUUUAAUAAUGUCAGGCUGUAAAACUGCAGGUGACAAAGUGAAGAAAGGAUCCAGAGAGUAACGUAAAAGAUGAUUUCACGGCAGUUUCACACAUCUAAGUGAUCAGCCGAGAAUCCCGCCCACAUCAAACUCAACCUCAGUCAAUGCAAAGAUGCAAAUCCUUCACCAAAUUCACAUUGAGUUGAAUUUUUCCUUCUUGAGUUAAAAAUUCACACUGACAAAACUCCAUUGAGAAAAUCAUCAUUUUAACAGCAGUAUUCUUGUGUUCUUGCAGACAGACCUGACAAAGCAUCAAUUCAGACUUUUUCCACAUCAGCAUCAUGUUGCAGUUAUUUCUGCAUCCUUUAAAUCCAUUAAAUCCCAGAUAAAUCACUUUAUUUUGGCUUCAGACUGAAUUCAUGGGGAAAAAACAAACAUAAAAUUGACCAAAUUACAUGAAAAACAUCCUUUAAUUUACACCUUAAAUGAUCUGAAUUUUUCACUUAACUUAAAACUCCCUUAACUGUUCAACAACGCAUAAAAAAAACUUUUUAACAGCAGUGUUCUUGUGUUCUUGCAGACAGACCUGACAAAGCAUCAAUUCAGACUUUUUCCACAUCAGCAUCAUGUUGUAGUUAAUUCUGCAUCCUUUAGAUCCGUUUAUUCACAUUAAAUCACAGAUAAAUCUCUUUAUAAUGGCUUCAUGCUCACGUAUUAGUGCUGUACCAGCAGUCAUCCAGACACAGCUCCUGCAGAAAGAGAUGAAAAUCCUUCAAAUGACGCAGUUUAGUUUUUCAGACGAAUCUGGGACUUCCCCAGCAGCUACAGAGCAGCAGUCGGGUUAUUUUGGCCGCGGUGAGGAUAGAAAAAUGUCGAUAAUGCAAAACAAAAAACACAAAAACAAGCCGUGAGCCGAGCCGUGCAGUGGAAACACGAUAUAUGCAUUAAAAACGUUCAUCUCCCGUUCCGUCUGGAAGCAUCCUGUAACUAGUUCACUCCGACUCCGAGUCUUUUUCUUUCUUUUUUUUGUUUUAGUUUGUAAAACGAUCAAGUCAUGAUUGUGGCCUUCUAGUAUUCUGUCGAUACAUGACAUCAUCAGCCCGUUGUCCAUCCUGUCCGGAUCCAACUGUUCACCUGGAGCUUCUUACCUCAUCCACAGCUGAUUCUAUUGGGGGUGUGUUGAGUGCAAAAAAAAAAAGAGGAAAAAAAAAAAGAAAGCAAGAAAGAAAUGAAUAAAAUAAAAGAAGUCUUUUUUUAUCUUCCAUUUGGUGAGAUGCAUUGUAGCGAUAUGAAUAAAGAAAAAGUUCACCUGGUGUGCUGAAAAAUGUGUAAAUUGGUAAUUACACAAUCUGAAUAUUUGUAUAAUUGUUUGUAUUUUUUCAUAAUGAUUUUGGAAAGGAAUGUGUUUAUUUUUUUGACUUCUGUUCCAGAUGUGUCUUCUGUUGGCCUGACAUUGUGACUGGUCUGGUGGGAUUCUUACCUCUGUAUUGAGCCUCUUCUGUGAUGAAUUCUUUGUAUGCAGUGUUUAGGAAAUACUGUAGGGAACAUGGGGAGGAGUUGAUAUUAGGAGCAUUUGAUCAAUUUGUAUUUAUUUAUUUUAUCAUUUUGUUAAUAAAUUGUGAAAAGCA